AAGGUAUUUCUUAGUUAGGUGUGCAAAUAUUUCAAAGUAGGUUAGCCUGUGUAGUUUAGGUUUGAAAAACUACCAAGGAGAAUAAACAAGAUGAGGAAUUUCUGUCUACCUGUAUUAGUUGUGUGUUUCAUUAUUCAUACAACAAGUGGGUUUAUUGUUUCCAAACUACUAUUACCAUACUAUGACAAAAUUCAAGUCAACUACACAAUUAACGCAGAGGAAGGCUGUUACAAAUGGAAAUCUUUGAACACUGGUGUUGCAUCAGUCAAAGCACAAAUUGAUGAUAAUGAGAUGGAUGAAUGUUCGAAAUCUGCUGUGGUGUAUGUAGAGAGCCGUGCUGCAACUCGUAAAACAACGUUACUUCUUGCUGAAAGUAAACUUUCCCAUGCAGUUUUACAGUGUGACAUCAUAAUCGACCGGAUUCAUUCCGUUGACAUCGUGUCUCGAACUCGUGAACUUUAUUUGGAUGAUCCUCCAGAAACUCUUAAGAUACGAGCUUUGGAUGAUGAAGGAAACACAUUCAGUACGACAGCUGGCCUGACAUUUGACUGGAAUUUGCUCCAAGAUGCAUCAGAUGAACAUGAAGGCGAGAAAUCUGCUGUUCCAGCUCAUUCAAUUUUAAACAUUCAACGCUUCACGGACACAAUGUAUAGCGCUGAACCCUAUGUUGAACAAUUAGAACAAGAUGGAAAACAAUCGGACACCAUCCUUUUAUCUGGUCGACAAACCGGCACUGCAUUUGUGACUGCUCAGCUUACAACAGCGGUCGAAACGCAGUCAGCUAAAAUACGAUUGACUGUCCGUGAUAAAGUUUUGCUUAACCCUAGUGGUGACGUGUGGUUGCCACGACAUUCCUACCUUCGAUACAAGGUGGAGCAAUGGAGGAAUGGUCACCCUACAGAAGUGGAGAUACCGCAUCAACAAUAUUUCCUUCAACUUGACAAACAACCAUUGAAACAAAUAUUAGAACUUGAUGAAGCUACAUCAGUUGUGACAGCUCUACAGGUUGGAAGUGGCAAGCUUAUGCUGAUGGAUAGGAAUUUAAAGCAACAUGCCGUCCAAGCCUUCAGUGAUAUUUUUGUUACAGAGCCUGCCUAUUUAAAAUUUUCGAUUCAACCGCAUGAGAGAUGGGUGUUGGAAACAAAACUUGAAUAUUACAUCACAAUCCAUAUGUUUGACACUGACAACCACCGAAUGUGGGUGGCUGAUAAUGCAAGGAUAGAUACUCAAAUUGACCCCGAGUAUUUUAAGAUAAUUGAAUCAAGUGUGAAUGGUUCAUGGCAUCACGUGCAAGCAAUCAAACAAGGAAGUGUCAACUUGUUUGCAAACUUUACAGGAACCAGCAAGAAUGAUGAGUUAAUAACAAUUGAUUCAGUAGUUGAUGCAACGCAAUUUGUUGAAAUUUAUGACCCGAUUCGUGUUGCCCCUCCUCUUGUUGUGUUUCCAUGGCAACAGCAACCAGUUUCGUAUAAAUAUCAACUCACAGCUGCAGGAGGUAGUGGCAAUUACUCGUGGUCUGUGGUGGACAGUACAUUGGUCAUCAUUUCAAACACGGGUGUUGUCAUGUUGAAAGUGAACGAGCGAGCUCCAGAAUAUCGUAUUGGGAGCUCCCUCGUUCGGGCAACUGACAUUCGAAAUCCCGCUCACUGGGGGGAAGCAGAGGUCAUGGUACUUCCUGUUGUAAAAAUCGAAUUUGCUAAAUCUCGUCGUGAAGCGCAACUUGAAACAUUUCUUGAUCUUUACAUUGUUCUUUAUGCAAUGGUAGAUAAAAGUUUAGUUCCAGUCGUUGAUUGUCGGAACACUGGUAUUACAUGGAGGGUGCAUGACUCAGCAAUUUUCGAGGAGGACGAAAACCAGGAUCUGUCGACUCACAAUUCGACAGCGUGCAUGGGAAAGAGGUUCCGAGCAGUUGGGGAAGGCCACACGAUGGCAACAGUGAGCUACAAACAAGUGGGGGCUGAUGGAAAGUCUUUAUUACUUGAACAUUCUGUCACUAUAGCUGCCUUCCCUCCUCUAAAAGCAAUAGACCCUCCUAUCUUAGCAGUGCUUUCACUUGAUUCAUCAAAAACACUGCGGUUUUCUGGUGGUCCAAACAGAUGGUCACACUGGCAUGCUGGUUACGAAAGGCUGGUUCAGAUAGGAGACUCAAAUUUGCUUGAAUUGUCUCCAGUAAUAUCAUCACACCAUGAGCACCACGUUGCAACCAGAUGUUUAGAACUUGGUGAAACCAAUGUACAACUUGUGGUUGGUAACCAACCAUGUGAUACUAACCCACAACCAGUACAAUCAACCAUCUCUGUCAGAAUAUCAUGUAGUGUUCCAUCUCGUGUUGAAGUUGACGUGACACAACUUCUUCCAUCUUGUCCGUUGCGCAACACGCACUCGGUGCAGUCAGUUGGCUUAGUGAAUCAGCCACUUCAUAUAAACGUGACCGCAUUCGAUUCAAACGGGAUUUUAUUCGAUAAUUUCACCUCCAUAUAUUUGGACUGGACAUCAGAAUCUGAUGCAACAUUCAGUCAUUUCACCUCUCAUUUCAUUCCCAUGGAUGCAACACAACAGAAGAAACACAUUGUGAACCAAGCUGUGAUACUCGGUGCUGAGGUCGGUGAGCUUACCAUCAAUGUUGUAUUACCACGCUAUAUUGAAUAUACUGAUCCAAAGAUAUGUAGAAAGUAUGAAUGCACUAGAUUAGAACCAGCUGUUUCUGGUUCAGUUUCCAUUCUGGCUGUUACCAUGCCAACCAUUUCACCAACCACCCUGGUUUUAUACAACCAACAUAACUACACAGGAAAAAUCAAAAUUUCUGGUGGAUCUGGUUAUUUCACGCAACUUGUUAAACAAAGUGUUGAAGCUAUUUCUAUCACAGAGGUUUACUCAAAUUCAAUAACAGUGGCACCAAAGAGAGCAGGCAAAGCUGAGGUUCACUUAACCGACUUGUGCCUUAAUGUUGUGACGACAACUGACGUUGUAUCAACUGAAGUUGGGCUGCUUAAACUUAAGGCAGCUUCUAAGAUGGAGGUUGGAAGUUCCUUAGAAGCCGUGGUGGAAAUACUUGAUCGAGAUGGUCACGCCAUUCCCAUACGAUUCCUAUCAUACACUGAUCUUAAACUUACCACCAAUCCACCGGAUAUUGUAUUCGCUGAUAAAGUUCAUGUGACCCAAAGAACAUCCUCACUAGUAGUGAGCGAUAUAACUGCACACAAUAUUGGUGUCACAACUUUAACUGCAGUUGCAACAAUUAAAGGUGGAAAAAGUAUUGUUAGUAAUACUCUUCAAGUUGUGGUUUUCCCACCACUAGAGUUGGUACCAUCCAUGCUAACCCUUGUUCCCAAAGCAUCAUAUCAGCUCACCACACGAGGGGGCCCUCGAUCUGACUUCACAAUUGAAUUCUCCGUCUUGCGUUCGUCGCCAAGUGAUGUAACCGUGGCAACCAUCAGCCAAUCAGGGGUGGUUUAUGCAGAGAAUGUUGGUUCAGUAUCAAUUGUAGCUCAAGCUGUCAUUCAUGAUGGUGCCGUGUUUAAAUGCAAGGCACCAGCAAAAGUCAAGGUUGUGACGCUAACAGGGUUUCGAAUUAUCGCCCCUAUUACCCAGUUUCGGGUAGGUAAGCAAAUUCCUCUACAUGUGGAAGGUAUCACCAGUGAUGCAAGAAAUCCGCUCAGUUUUGGCAGCUGCAUACCUGGUUUACAGUUUACAUGGAACAAUGGAAACACUGUUGUCACCAGCUUACACACCGUACAUGCAAAGAGUGGAGUUGAGACAGGAAGUGACAUGAGCUUCACAAUGUUGGCUGAAGGUAUAUCAUCUGGUCAUAGCACCAUAAGUGUGAAAGUGACCUCUAAUGACCCCUCUUAUAAACAAAUGAGUGAAGAAAUGAUUACAGCUGAAAUAUCAUUGACAGUCUUUGCUCCAUUGUUUGUUAUGAAACCCAACAACAGAUGGAGCAGCGAACAUAACUUGCUCAUGACACCCUCAAGUGACCACCAAAUUCUCUCGAAUCGCGAUGGCGUUGCGCAAUCCAUUGUUUACCAAGUGUUGACCGCAGUUGAAAACGAUGACCAACCUGAUGAUUGUAUUCAAGUUUCUGAUAAAGGUUUGGUCACCACUGGUUUGAAUCAGUGUGAAUCCUCUAUUCAAGUUACUUCAAUGGAAAGAUUUGGAAUCAACCAAACAUUGACCAUUCAUGUCAUGGUGCGACCAGUAGCUUACAUCAUUGCUCGUUCGACCACAAAAUUUCGGUCACAUGACAAUGACAUCAUCACCUCGUUCCCCCUCUCGUCAACUCUAAGCUUCACGGUCGACCAGUUUGAUGACACGGGGGAAUUAUUCGAUGCGUCGAGUCAUGAUGUCGUCAUCACACAAAAUAGACACGACUUGUUGGAAAUUGAACCGGGACCCGGAAACCGUCAAUUCACGGCUCGUGUUCCAUUAGAGGGCACCACCAUACUCUCUGUGUCAAGUUAUGUGAAUUCGAAACCAAACGCUGUUUUUUAUUUCCCCAUCCAAGUGUCGCAUGCCAUCCAACCAACACAACCAACACUUAUGGUUGGAGUACGACAAUGCUUCACAAGUGACAUCAUAAACACUGACUCAAGUAACGGAGAAUGGAAUUCAACUAACUCACGCACACUCCUAGUGGACAAAAAGUCCGGAGCAGCAGUAGCAAUCUCUACAACUGCCACAGAAAUCAUAUAUACAGCUGAUACGUUUUCAUCUCGUGUGCCUAUCUCGAUUAUUCCGUUUACUGCUGGUUUCGAUGAAACAUCUGUUCCUUCCCAUGUUAGCACGGGGGAGGCGAGAUAUCUGCUUCCCAUCUCGUUCAAUGGUCGUAACCAUGGUAACUGCGAUGGUCUUGAUGACGUCAUGAAUAAAUACGCACAACAAUUGUUUGACUGUUACGUAACAAUGGGCGAUUAUGGAGAUGAAUUAUUCAACGCAGAAGUUCAGUUUCGACCAGAAAUAGACAACUACGCUUGUGUUGUGAGUGGGAAACCGCUCAUGCGCGACCAACUAGCGAAAUAUUCCACCAUUGAUGAUGUCAUAAUGGUCAAAUUGACAUCCAUGUCACAUGACCUUGGAAGGAUCGACCAAUCACAAGUUCCCGUUUCCUUUUCACCUCAAUUUGUCACCGAGCUCUCGUCCAAUCAUAUCUCAGGAAAUGCACAUGUGACUUUAUGCAUCAAAUGCAACGAAAGAGUUCAUAAUUCAAUCGAGAUAACACCUGAUUCAAGCAUGCUUUUGAUACAACGAGUAGAUGACCAACAACAUCACGGCAGUUUCUGUUAUCGCAUCACAAAGAGGCAUGAUGACAUCACAAAGCAAAACACGGAAAUUCGAGUUUCAAGUUUCCUCACCAACCAGGAUGAGAUACUUGAUAUAAGUUUGGAUAAUCAGUUGAUUCAACCAAACAACAAAUAUCCCCAACAUAACCAAGUUUCAUGGAAGAACGAUGUGGUAACUGAUACUUACAUUGCUUAUAUAACAACAGCUGCCGUUGUGAUCAUCAGUACUGCAUUUCUUAUAGCAGCAUUUGGUUUAUUUAAAUGGGCAACAAGUGAUAUUGUUCACCCACCUUCUACGUCAUUCCUUCAGCGUACCCCGCCCCCCUAUAACCCCUACUCACCCAUACCAAGCUCUUCACCCCGGGGAAGUCCCUCACCCUCACCCGGGGUCCGAUUAUGGAGUCGAUAUUAUGAACCCCAGCAAGCAAGUCCGAGAAAAGAAUAAUUUUAUAUUUUUUAUUCCUUCUUAUUUCACCCAAACCAAUGUGUUAAAACAUUCAUUGCAUUAGCAUUAAGACAAUGUAGUACUACAUGAGGUACAUGUUCUUAUGCAAUAUGUGUACAAUUACACAGACAUUUUUGGCACUUCGCCAAGUUUUCUGUUUAUUUCGAGAUUUGUUUCUUUUUCUCCUUGUGUUCCUGCCACUUCUAAAAGCCUUGACUCCAUUUUUUGUGCCUUACUUUAACACAUACGCUUCCUGCAGUAGAUAGGUCAAUUUUGCCAAACACCAUAGACCUUACAUUUCGCAGUAGCAUUUUCUGGCUAGUGUUAUAUCCCCUAAAAAAACUUUUAUUACGAUCUGUUCCUUUAUAAAUGAACAUUGCCAGACUUGACUGUGAACAUUUUAACAAUUUUUUUUCAUCAUAAUCCUGAAAAAAUUGCACAGAUUUAAUUUUGGUUGAAACACUAGUGAUGCUGCUGGCUGGUGGGUUUAAGGUUUAGAAAAUUUUCUCUUUAUUACAUUUAUUUUUACCUUUUUCAAAACACUGACUGCACAUUUUUUUGGGAGUUGAAAAUGAGUUGAAUAAAAUUGUUAUUUUUGAUUUGAUUAAACUUGGUGGUGUCUGUUGGUUA